AUGGAAAAAAUGACCCUUCAUCUAAAACGGAAGACUUUCUCACAACUAAAAGGAUUUUCGUCGGCAUUAAGAUGUGCUUUGGAAAAUGUUUUCUUUCUUAUUCCAACAUUUAUUUAUGCUUUUUGCAGCUACAUAAAAAUUUUACGUAGGUUAUUUUCAUAUGACGAUGUCAUAUUCCAUUUUGAUUUCAGAGAUAUUUUUAUUCCAAAACCUACAUUAUUAUAA